ACAUAUAAACCUUGACAGGUAUACGCUAAGAAUUUAUUUUUUUAAGAAUAUAUCAAAAUAUUUACAAAAUUUUACAUACUAUAAAAACAUGGACUAUGAUUAUCUUAUAAAAUUCCUGGCUCUUGGAGACUCCGGAGUGGGAAAAACUAGUUUUUUAUAUCAGUACACGGAUGGAGUAUUUCAUUCAAGAUUUAUAUCAACAGUUGGAAUUGAUUUCAGGGAAAAGAGAAUGAUUUAUCAGUCAAAAGGCAGAAAUCACAGAAUCCAUUUACAGCUGUGGGAUACUGCAGGACAAGAAAGAUUUCGCAGCUUAACAACAGCAUUUUAUAGAGAUGCUAUGGGAUUUUUACUACUGUUUGAUCUUACAAAUGAACAGUCUUUUAUUGAGAUACGUAACUGGAUAGAACAACUAAGGUUACAUGCCUAUUGCGAAACACCCGACAUAGUAUUGUGUGGUAAUAAAGCGGAUAUGGAAGAUAAAAGGGUCAUUACUGAAUGGCGAGCUCGAGAAUUUGCCUCAUCUUAUAAACUACCGUAUUUAGAGACCAGUGCAGCGACAGGACAAAAUGUAAAUAGGGCCGUUGAAACUUUGGUAGAACGAGUAAUGAUCAGAAUAGAAACCGCCGUAGAUCGCGCUAUGCUUCCAGGAAGACGAGGUCGACCGAAAGAUUUGAACGAACACGAUUCGGUACAGUCAUCCCAAAAUUGUUCAUGCUGAUGUUAGAAUAAUCAAUUACUCGUCAGGUUAUAUCAAAUAAGAUAUUCCGACCAAAUUGGCGACAAGACAGUUUUUGAUUAAUAUUUACAAUUUUUUUUUUGUUACUAUUGUCGUUUUUCUUUUGCUUGGUUGUAAAAACAAAGAUUCCAAACCGAUCAGAACAGUCCAGUCCAGCAAGAUGCAUUUUUUCAAAUCUACAACUUUUCUUUUUUUUUUUUAUCGCGCGCGAUUUGUGGUAAUUGAAAAUCAAAUCUUGGGGUACCACGAGCCGUUACUUCAUUCUGAGCAACUUUAUCAAAAAGUAUAAUUAUUCCCAGAAGCUUUAACAAAAAAUUAGAAGCCCGUUUUUUGCAUUGUUGGCGACGGCUCGAGUAUAGUGCUAUAAAAUCAACAGAUAUUUUGAAUGGAGACAUCAAAAAUAAUUUCGCAUUAAGCCGAAAACGAAAACGGCUUUUCCUCCAAUAUUCCUCCAAAUCGUCUGGUAUUUCCAUAUCCGACCUGCGCUGACCUGCGUUUGGCGAUGUACUAAGUUGGGACCGCUAGAUUACAAGCUGAAAUAGCGCGCACCUUAUCGACCCUUUUUUUGUAGCCAGAUCCCCAUCUAAAACAUGAAUUUUCAUGAUUAAAACCGCGAUAUCUCACGAAUGGACCAGUGACCAUGCGUGACCGAAUUAGACAGACUGAAGUACCUUGUUUUCUGUACGAAAUUCCCGACCAAAGAAGAAAUACGAGAGUUUAGAGGCUCGCAAUUUCUUCACCUCCAACCUUGUAUUUUCUCCUCGUGUAGAAGUGCUGCCAGGCGAUGAAGCUUGGCAAAGUUUUUACAACCAAUUUGUUUAAUAGUGCCGAAUAUUUCCACAUUUAAUGCAUCGUUCAAAAUAUUUCUUAAUUGAUAUAACUAUACUAUUGAUGAUAACAUUAUUUGUUACAUAAUUCAAAUUACAGGAAUUUUAAGACUUCUCAACAUAUCACUUAAUAAGUCGUGUGAAUAACUAAGAAAAAACAUUUUUUUUUGCCAAAUAUAGAUUUUAUUCAAUCUUUCCAACGCUUCUAUAGCUUCUCGAUACCGUGCUCGUAAAAGGAUUUGUCUUUUGCCUCAGUUUCAACAAUUUCUUCUUCAUUUGAGCUCAAUUUUUUACCGGCGAGCAUUAUUUUGAGAUCAGUGAAUAGCUAGUAAUCACUGGGGACCAGAUCUGAACUAUACUGUAGAUGAGAAAACAAUACGUUCAAUUUAACCAUCGUUGCUAUCGAUUUGUGAAGCUAAAUUAUUAAUUAAUGUCGUUAGAAAGUUGGUACUUCAUAAACGUCAUAUGGAUUUGACAGCGCCAUCUGUGUGUAAGUCACACGACUUAUUGAGCGUUGUAAUACAUUCCUCAAAUGGUGCAAAUUGUUCAAUUUUUUCAUAUUUUAUUCUAUGAAAGUUUCUACUUUUUUAUAUUCCAUUAAAGUUAAUUAAUUAGCUCUAGUGCUAUUCAAGAGAUGCUCGAAGAAUUUUGUGCAUCUAAGCACGACGUGCUUCCCUGAUUAGACCAUUAACCUUAAGAUAAAAAAUGUUCUUUUUGAGUUACGAUAAUCAAAAAAAAAUGUCACAUCAAAUUUUGAAUGAAACUAUUUGAUGUUCAUUUCAAUAAUUUCACCUCAUCUACUUUCUAACCUCUUCAACCUUGGAGUGAUCGAAAAUACAACUUUUGUUUUGCCGUCAAAGUAGUCAAAGAAAGAUUUAAUGAUUAAUACGAAAUUUCCGUAAUUUUAACUAAUUAUAUUUUCAAAUUUUAAACUAUUAAUUAUAGGAUUUUUGUUCUCCUCAAUUUGAAAUUUAUUUUUGCUUACAAUUCAUGAAACGAUCACUAAAUUUAGGGGGAAAAACUUGUUCGGGGUAAAAAAAGUUUUAGGGUAUUUUUUAGGGAUAAAAUAAAUGAUUUCUUUAAUCGAAAUUUUUUCACUUAAACAAACUACACAGUAAAGAUUGUAGAAAAAUAAAAUUUAAAGACGCCAAUUCGUCUGAAUAUACAAUGCGGUCCAUAUGUUUGGAAUAAAUUCAAUUUUAGCGAUAUUCAAAAUAUACCCUGUGCCGAAUGGUUCUUUUUAUUUUUUAGGGGUGAAAACUAUUCCUUAUCAUAAAUUAAGCGUGUAUUUAAGUAAAAUGCUGUUUGAAUGAAUUAUUCUUAGAUUUGUUUAUGAUUAAUCGCUAUCAUGCAACCACUCCAAAUACUUCGAGGGUAGUAAUAUUGAAAGCUUUUUUUAAAUAGCAUUCGCCGAGGGUAGUUAUAUCGAAAACUUUUUUUACGAAUAUCUAUUAUAAUCUCGAUUUUCAUGAAAAUUUGAAUUCAAGCUCUACUUACCUUCUUCUACGUAAUUUUCCCUGUACUUAACCGAGCUUUUUAUAUUUUGUGGAGUGUAAACUACCCUUUAUUGUAAAAAAAAUUAAGAUCUCAGAUUUUAUGCAUGUUACGGGUAAAAUGAAGUUUCAAUGUCUUAUUCGUAAAUCUGUUCACAUUCUCAAACACGUUUGUAAUCAAUCAGAUCCAUGAAACCCCUCCAAAUCAUUCCCUAAUCAUAUGAAAAAUAAUUUCGAGGAUUUUUUUAUUAUUCAAAAUUAUUCAAAAGUGUAUUUAUAUUGAGUUGAGAAUAUUUCGUUAGUAUUAUUUUUAAAUAUUUCAACCCUUAUGAAACCCAACUUCAUAGACCCAAAAUUUCAAAAUUCCAGUUUUUUUACAGAAAAAUAAUAAAAAAACUAAAAUUACUAGAAAUCAAUAUUUUUUUAUUUAGAAAAUAAUAUAAAAAAGAAUUUUGAAUAAAUAUAUUUCAUCAUGACUAAUACCUUCUCUCUCUUCUCGUUCAUGCCAGCUUUCCAAUACUCCAAAAUUCGUGCUCCGAAAUUUUGAAAAAAAAAACAAUAACUCGCUCAAUUUUCAAGCUAGAAACUUUUUUAAGAAAGAAUUUUGUAGGGAAUUUCAAGUACUUCAACUUAAUAUCAAUUAAAACUUUUCGGUUUGGUGCAGCUCAAAGGGGUUGCAUAAAUCACAUUUGGUACGCGAAUGCAAACUUUGAACUAAUAUAUCUCCUUCAAUUUUUAUGACACAUAGAUUUAAAAAAGUUCAAAAUUUUUGGCUCGAAAAAUCCUAUUUGAAACAUUUUUCAAUAACAUGAAUAGUUUUUAGGUUAUUUGAGAAAAAUUAUUUAUUUUUCAAGAUUACGGAAGUGCAGUGUUCAAUUUAAUCAAUUAUUUUUCCUAAUAUAAGCAUUCAAAACCGGUCAAAUCACAUGGAUCUUAUCAAUAAUACAUAAAUUAAGAUUUAAUUGCAAGUGGAUUACGAUUAAUUUCAACUAGGGUGGUAAUGGCGAGGAUAUAAUCAUUACAUUUUUUCACAAAAAAAGAAGGAAACUUAUUUUUGUUAUAAAUCAGCCAAUUCUUAUAUGAGAGACUUUUGACAUUGCUCGUUUUAAAGGUUUUUCUAGGAGCUUUGAAAAAGUACUCUUGAGUUUUUUUCGAAAAUUUCAUCAAUUUCUUGUUAUUUGAGGUUAAAGUUUUUCAAUGUCGCGGUUCUCCAACAAUAGACAUUCUUCAACUCUCUUAUUAUUGAAUUUAGAGGUCCUUAAAAAAAGAAUCACUUUGUUUUUUAUUAGCACAUUAUUGUUUUGAAUGAUUUUGCUGAUAAAAUGAAAAUUUUCAAAGUUAUUUUCAAAAAACGGUAAAGAUUUUGUCAAUAAAAAAUGAGUAGUUUAUUGACUCAAAAAGUAGCAACUUAAAAAAAAACUUUGUAGGAUAAAAGUUGCUUAGAAUUAAUCAGUCUAUCGAUCUACGAGAUUAUUUUGAUAAAAUAAAUUUUUAUCACCAAGAAGGGUGGCUUUCAUCCCGAGGGCAGUAGCAACCUUCGACACACGGUGGAUUUAUAGGGUUAUAAAUAUUACCUUCAUACCCUAUUUCAAGAAAAUCGACCUUGAUUAUAAAAAUUCCAGGGGAAAUCGGUUGGUACCUGGCCUAUAUUCAGUGAGAAUAUAGUUUGUUGAUAAGACUGUUAAAUGAAACAUCAUUUGAUAAUUGUUACAAAAAAAACGUUUUUUUUUUGUUAUUGAAAUUUAUUAUCAAGGUAUUGUGCGAUGGAUAGUUCUAAGUAUAACAUGCUAACAAAUUUUUUUGCAUUGUCAACAAUAUAAAUUUUAUAUCAACGUUUCGAAAUUAAAAGUUUUACUUCUAAUAAAAAUGUUGAGUUUCAUACGAGAUGUGAUCAAAAAUACGGUUGUAUUUACAUGAAAAUAAAAUAUGUUGUAAGUUAGACAUUUAAAACAUGCUUUGUUUUGGAAAAGCUUCGUUUUGAAACGUUUUUUCCAAUAUUCUAACAACAAAGUCAAUUUUUUUUCCGAAAGACACUGUAUAUGUAUCAUACUGUUAAACUUUGAAAUUUCAGUGUUUCAAUAGUUUAUUGUUAAUUUUAAAAAAGUUUAUAAUAUUACGUAUGAAUGUGUAAAUCGACAAAUUAAAGAUGGAGCUUGACUAAACUCUGUCCAUCCAAGAAACAGGGUGUUCGAAAUUAUUCUCAAGCAAGCUGUUUGUACAAAGUCCACUGAAAUGUUACAUGAGGUUUACAUUUGUUAGACAAGUAUGAGGGGUCAAUAGAAGCUUAACCUAAAGCUUUUCGGAUCGACACCCUUAUCCCCCGUUCGCCAUCUUGGAAACCCCGUGUAAACCCCUUUUUCGCGAUAUCUCGGAAAUUAUGCGUCUUACAAAAGAUUCGUAAAGACAUAAUUUGUUGCAAAUUGUUUUGCCAACAAAUCUGUUUAUAUAACUUUUUGCCCAAGUUUGAAAUUAAGAAGCAAAAAAUUUUUAUAAAAAUUUAUUUUUUGCUCUAUAACUUUUUUUAUAACAUUUUACAAAAAAAUUACUCCAGACAAAUCUUGUGAAUGAUCUUUUGAGGACAAUUUUUCUGUUUUUUUUUAAAUUUCAUUCAUUUUAAACGCUGUUACAGCGCUCCAAAGUUAACCGGGUUCGUCAAUGCUCAUGAGAAUCCGGUCAAAACGAAAUGUCAAAACAUAUUUUUUUUUUAUUGUAAAUAUAUUUAAAAAAAAUUAUUGUACAGCGUCACUUAUUCAUUGCUCACUCUUUUCCCCGCUAUCAUCAAGUGCAUUCUUCAAAACUGAAUGUAUUCUGGAAUUCCUUUAAUAACUUUGAAAUCAAAAUUGUCGUAUCAAUUAUUUUCCUUCGUAUGGUUUUGAAGCCGGACAAGAAUAUUACCCCAACUUCAUUUAUAGUGAAUAUCCAAAAUUUUCAUUCUUCUCAUUAAUAUCAAAAUGCAGUUUUUUCGUCUUUUUAUUAGUUAGUUUAAACGAAACUUACCCUUCCGAGACUAUAGAUUAAACCUUAUUGACCAGCGUAAGGAGGCAUGUUUAUUUUAACCAAUAGAUGCAAACACCUGUGGUUAUCAUACUUCGACAACGCAUAGAUUGUUGUUUGGGUCGAUCUGUUUGUUGGAUGGAUUUAGUAUAGUGAAAUAUCUUUAAGGUUAAAUAAUAUAUGGCAUAAAAUAUAUAUUUAUAUAUUUGUUGAAUAUUCGAAAUAUUUAUCUACAACUUACAAUUACUGCCAAUUACCACAGUAUUAUGUUGUAAGAGGAUAUCUGUAACUCAUAUCAAGUGUUUUUUACAUAUAAUCAUUUUUAAAGUUUUCUCAAAAGUCUCAUAAACCCUGAGUUUACAUAGUGUAUAAAUUUUAGUAUCUCUUUGUGAGUGUCAUUACAGGUAGCACACCUACAAAUAGGUCUUUUCAGUGACAAGAAUACUGGUAAUUACAGCCCUCUAGUUAUAGUACUCAAAUAUAGUAAAUUCCCUUUGUAACGAGGACUUGAAAGGACUUGAGGAUUUCAUCGAUAUGAAGAAAGAUCAUUAUAAUCAGAUAGCAUUAACGAAAUCGAUUUUAAAAAUACAUAUUAAUUCAUGAAGUCUUCUUUUUUUGUCUUCCAUAACAAUAAUCUUACUUUAUAUUGGAACCGCGAACUAUUCUUCGUAGCCAUUGGAUCUUUCUCUUGGUGGGUGAAGAAUUAGUCGAUGAUUUUAGCUGCCUCCAAGAUCUGUUGAGGAAUUGAAACUGGUUCUACCUCUGGAUCUCUUGGUCACUAUCUUCAUUAGAAACUCCAGCUAUGGUAGCAACUGCUUCAUAGAUGGUUUCAUAAUCUUGCAGCAGGGGAACUUCAACUGUCGAGCUGAAACCGCAGGUAACUCAUCAUCGUCGUCUUCUCUUACCGCUUGGUUUUCUUUUUACUGCAUGUUUCAAUGAAUCUUUUCUUUGUCACUUCAUUCAAUCUAAGUUAGAAUUGCUGGAACCGUGAUAUUCAUACUGAUUACACUGUUCAUGUACAACACUCACUGUCUGACGCAUGUUUCGAUAACCAAGUUUUGGGUUGAAGAAUUCUCCAUUUCUUAAUUUGUUUUUUGAGGUUUUAGCACUAUACUUUCAAAUGUUAAACAAAUUCAUGAUAUGAAUUAUCUUCAUUAGAUAGUUUUACAAUAAAUGACUUGAUUUUUCAUCAAAUAUAUCACCCAUUGCCAUGUUUUAUUUAAUUACAAUAUUUGCAGUAAUUAAAAAUGAUUUGGGGCAGUAUUAUUUUAGAAUAUCGUUGGACUGUAUGUUUUAUGAGAUUUUGAUAAAACUUUUAGAAUACAAACUGAAUGUCUAAUAAAAUAUCAAAAUAUUAUGUGUGACUUCGAAAUUGGCUCGUGUUUUUAGUUAUUAUACAAGGUUAUUGAAAAAGGUAUUCGGGAUUUGGGAAUGAAAUAAAAAUAGUAUUAAAAAUGGAAAAUAUUUAUUUUUAUAUCAAAGUAAGCGGAGAAUAUCUUAAAUUUCCUCAAGUUUAAUGUUCAGAAAAUCUAUUUACUUCAACGAUUAGGCCUCCAUGACAUAAAUUUAAAAAUUUAAAGGAUUUGUAUCUAAAACUCCCAAAAACAAAAGUAUUAAUAUUAUAUAUCAAGUACCUUGUACUGAUUGUGAGCUGUCUACAUAGGGCAGAUAUCUCAGUAUUUAGAAAAUAGACUAAAAGGUCAUCAAUACGAUAAAAAAAACUGCAUUAACGAACCACGAAAUAUCAAAACAACAUAAAUUCGAUUACAAACAUUUUGUAUAAAAAAUCCUUCGACGUAAUGCUCUAUACGGAUGCAUCUAAAGCUGAAUCCGGUGUCUGUUGCGCAGUCACUACAAACCACGAACUCAUAAGUUCUUUCCGAUUAACCUCCACGUGUUUACACUGGUAAAUUAUACAGUAGCUUUCAAAUUUAUCUUUCCAUAUGUACUGACUCCAAAAACCCGUUUCAAAAAUCUUGACGCUAUAUAUUGAGCUAGAGUACUGCUGCAUUACAUAACAUCUAUCCACUAAACUUUUUGAAUAGGAGAGAAGCUGUGACAAUAAGAAGACUCCGCGUCAACCUCACGGCUAUUUGUGGUCAGAAAGUCGUCCUGUCUGCCAAAAUUGUCACGUUCCUGUGUCUGUUAAGCACAUCUUCACCGACUUCUACCGCAUACCAGCAGUUUGAUAUAAAAACCAAGGAGACACUUAGUUGCCCGAUGGAAAUGAAGAAGUUUCUUAAAGCUGUAUGAGAAAAUAUAAAAAAAAUUAUAAA